AUAAGAUACACUUUUAUGACAAUGCUAAUGCUCGGUUUCAUUGCUUCAACCCUUUUAUUUAUCAACUGUAUCUGUAAUGUAAUGUCUUCGCAGUUCGUUGAGAUGGCAUCUGACAAGGAGGACCAAGAGAAUGUAUUUUACCAGAUGUCCAAAUCGAACGAUAAAUUUACCGCUAAAUUUUAUGCGAACGUCGCACCCAAAGUUGGAGGAAAUACUGUUUGUUCUCCGCUAAGCGCUCACAUGAUUCUAUCUUUAUUGGCGUACGGAACACGAGGAAAAACUGAAGAGGAAUUGAGAAGCGCUCUUUAUCUACUCGGCGAUGACUCUCUGACCCAGAAUGGAUUCAAGUCCCUUUCACAAUCGUUGAAUAAUGUUACAGGGCUCGAAAUCAGUUUGGCAAACACAAUUUAUAUUCAGGAGGGUAUAACACUGAUACCAGAAUUUUUGUCCAUGAGUUCGGAAUACUUCGAUUCGGAUACACCGAGGGUUGAUUUCAAGAACAGCGUGGAGUCCACUCGACAGAUAAAUUCUUGGGUUAAAAAUCAAACAAACAACAGAAUCAAGAACUUAUUGUCUCCAGAUGCAGUGAAUGAAUGGACUAAAAUAAUAAUGAUAAACGCUGUGUACUUCAAAGGGAACUGGGAGCAAAAAUUUGACACCGAAUAUACAGAGAAUAGACCAUUUUAUAUAACGAAAGAUACUAAAAGACACAUUCCCACAAUGUAUAGAAAGUCCGAUUAUGCUUACGCAGAGUUAGAAGAAUUGAAUGCCAGAGCGAUUCAACUUCCAUACUCAAACAAAGAUUUCAGUAUGCUCAUUAUACUGCCGAACGAAAUUGACGAACUACAGAAUUUGGAAGAAAAUUUCAAUCCAGGAACUAUAGCAAGUACUAAUUGGAGAUCUCGCAAAGUAGAGUUAUACUUACCUAAGUUCAAAGUUGAAUCCACGAUAAAUCUUGAAGAAAUUCUACAAGAGAUGGGGAUAAAGCAGAUGUUUACCGAUUUUGCAGACUUGAGUGGGAUUUCGCAAAGCCCAUUAAAGGUUGGCCAGGUCAUUCAGAAAGCAUUUAUUGAAGUCAACGAGGAAGGAUCUGAAGCUGCCGCAGCUACCGCCGUUAGAGUAGUAUGCAAGAGAAGCGUGACUCGGCCGGAAAUCUUCGAUGUCAACAGACCAUUCAUGUUCGCUAUCAAUCAUAAGCCGAGUAGAAUUCCGAUAUUCGUUGGCAGUGUCAGAGAUUUACAGACGCUUCCCAACAGAGAAGAAUUGUAACAAAAUUCACUGUAUCUCAAAGCGACAACAACACGCUAAUUGGAAUGUUGGGCUUUUAUGUUGAAUAAUGCUGGCCUUCAAGUAAAUGUACUAUCUAAUUACAAGUUCUACCGCCUUUUAUAGUAUUUUAUGUAUAUCUAUUCACUGUAAAUAUCGUUACGUUUGAAUUUAACAAAUUAUAUCUCGAAUUUC